AUGUCUCAUUCCCCCUUUUUAUACUGUGCCUGUUGGGAUCCUUGGAAUGUGAGGGGUAAAAGGCUAAUAAAGACCAUGCCAGGCUUACCGAAUCAGAAAGCCAGGUCCUCCUCACUAGGCAUGAUCUUGAAAAACCAAAAUAGUUUCCUGUUUGCUCUAAAACCUCCCAGCACAUCCAAAGGGAUAUUGCCCAACAGAAAAUAUGGAUAUCGACUACGAAGCAGAGAACCACCUGAUGCUUCAGGGGAGUUCAUAGAAAUCUCACCUGGUUAUACCUUGACUCGAAGUAAAGAACAUCUCUCCGUCACGCUAGGGGAGGAAUUUUUUGAAAGAAAAAAAGUUACUGAAGAACCGGCCCCGCGCUUUGUUCCCAGAAGCCCAGUGAAACUUGAGACGGAGGAUGUUAUUACUGACUUAGAGGAACAGAUUGCUGAGCUGACAGACAUGAUGGAGCAACUGCGCAGAGAUCACCAGGCCUCCCGCAAACUGUUGGAGAAGGAUAUGGAAGAAAAAUGCAAUGAGAUGCAACAGGAGCAUGAGAAUAAGAUCAGGGAACUCCAAGAAGCUCACUGUGCUGAGCUCCAGGCCUUGCAAGUGCAGUACAAGAAAGAACUGAGGACUGAGAGGGCCUCUGCACAAGAGAAAAUGGAGGGGAUGCAGAAGGAAUACAAGUAUCUGAAGAAUGCAUUCCGAAUGUACCAGGACAGUGUUUCUGAUGAAAUGGAAGAGAAGUGGCUGAGAAGGCAGGCUGAAUGGAAGAAGAGUGAGAGGACUGAGCGGGAGAAGGCACUGUUACAGCAAAAGCAGGAAUUGAUGAAGAAAUUUGAGCUGGAGAGAGAGCAGCUAAAGAAAUCAUCUCAGAGUGGUAACUCCAUGAUGAAUAAACACUCCCAACAGGAAAGAGAGGAGUUUAUUAAACAGCACCAGGAAGAUGUGGAGAAAAUAAAAGAGUUGCAAAAUAUCAAGGAGUCUCUGGAAGCCGAUUUGAAGGAGAAGGAACAGAUUCUCAAGGCGCUCACCACAACGAUGCAGAACGCUCAGGUGGAGCUUAAGAAAGAGAAAAGCAACCUGAUGGCGUUGGAGAAAAACAUUCAACAGAAAAUCUCGGCAGUUGAAUUAAAACACCAGCUCAAUAUCACUUCCUUGGCAGAUGAAAAUGCCGUUCUGAGACGCAAACUGAUCACAAAGAGCGAAGAAGCAUUUAACGAAAGAGUCCGGCGAAAGAGUCAGGUGUGA